AUGGAAAGAAAAACAUAUAUAUUCAGAACGAAAAAAAAGAGAGAAAGUAAUAAAAGGCGUUAGUUCCCACGUAAAACCAGUUUUUCGUCUAUUUUUCGAAAACUAGACGAGACACCAAAAAAAUAGAUGCCGGAUUCGGAAUCUACGUGCAAAAACCGACCAGAAUAUGUAUACGAUUUCCUUAGACACAGAUUUAGGUGCUGACGGAGUUCCAGACAUUUCUAACAAAGAAGAAGCCUUAGAAUAUCCAUCUAAGCUUGUAUCAAGCACUGCUGUUACUUCAGUUCAGUAUACUUGUUCAAAAUAGAGCAGAUAUAAAAUAUCUACAUUAACUGAUAUCGCUAGAUACCUUAAUAUUGAACAGUCAUGUGAAACAAGUAUUAUUCGUGGUAAUGUUGUUCGUGAUAACUUGAUGCUGACAGUAUCACGUGACACUAAUAAAGAUGGUGCAUUGAUUGGUCUUCUAUCGAGUAAGCAAUAUGAAUCAAUGUCAAGUAUUAUCAUUUAUUGUAAUCGACGUGAAGAAACCGAACGUGUGGCUUCAUUGAUUCGACGUGCAUUUCAUAAUGAUGGAAAAACCACACAACAGUCAGCUGACGCCUAUCAUGCUGGUUUAAGUCCAGCUGAACGUCGUCGUGUAACAAAACAAUUUAUGCGUGGUGAUAUAAAAACUAUUGUGGCAACAAUCGCAUUUGGUAUGGGUAUCAAUAAACAUGAUGUACGCUCGGUUAUUCAUUACAAUAUGCCAUUGAACUUUGUAUGUUAUUUACAAGAAACAGGACGUGCUGGUCGUGAUAAUAAACCAGCGUAUUGUCAUGCAUUCAUUGAUUAUCAACAAAAUGAGAUAAAUGAACUGAAAAAACACAUUUACAGUAAUGAUAUUGAUCGUUCAACGAUAAAAAAGCUGAUUAAUAAAUUGAUUCAGAAAAUUGAAUUAUAUAAAUUAAAAACAUGUUCAUCACCAUUGAUUGAUUCUCAUAUGAUUGAAAUUGGCCUACCAAUGCAACAAUUAAUUGAUGAACUUGAUAUUAAAGAAGAAACAAUCUUAACAGCUUUAUAUAUACUCGAAACAUUAGAAACAAAUUUUUUACAUGUCCUCUCACCCUGUUAUUCCAUUUGUACAGUGAAACAUUAUGGUGGAAAAAAACAAUUGGAUAAUUUAAUUGAAAGUUGUGAAGCAUUAAAAACAGCCAAAUCAUUUUUAAUUGAUACAAAUGAAUUUACAUUUUCCAUCAUGGAUAUGUGUACAGCUAAUGGUUGGAAUUAUUUAGCAGUUCGUCGAGAAUUAAAAAAACUUGAAUGGUCUCAGGGGAAAAAAACAGGCGUCUAUAUUGAGAUAUCUAAUUUAGCAUUUCAUUUGGAAAUAUCACCGAGAAUAUUAUUGAAAGAUACGGACCAAGAUCGAAUUAUCGACUUUUGUUAUGACAAACUCCAUGAAAAAGUAACAGAACAAUUAAUCCAUUUCGAUACACUCUAUGAUUUAUUUAAACGCUGUUCAUGUCCAAAUUAUUUAUCAUUGAUUAAUGAAGAAUACGAAGUGACUAAAGUCAGUGAACAAUUGCAUACUUUUAUAGAAAAUUAUUUUCAAGGAAAAAUUGAUUUAAAAUCAUCAAUACUGCCACUAAUAAAAACGGAUAAUAAAAAAUUGGAUUAUGAUGAAACAUUUAUACGCAAUGAAAUUCGUACAUUCAUUAACUUGUAUUCAGAUGAACAUCGUUUAACACCAAGAGCUAUUGCACGAAUAUGUCAUGGAAUUGGUAGUCCACAAUAUCCCGUACCAAUAUGGAAUAAAUGCAAACGAUUUUGGCGUUCACAUUUAAAUGUUGAUUUUCAAUUAUUAUUCGCAUUUGUACAAGAUGAACUGGUUCGUUGUUCAACAAAUAGAAAAUGA